UUAGUCGGUUUAGAUUCAGUAUUCACCAUACGCUACUUCCCACUGUUCAGAAAGCAGUCUGGAGUUGAUGAGUGAGAAAAAUUUGCAGAGUUAUUAAACGAGGUGUGCGAAAAUGUUAUCGGGCAAUGCAUUGUGAACAAAAUGGCGAGAGAGAGAGAGAGCGUUGCAGCGAUGAAAGCCUCUUCCACAAUGGCUUUUUCUCGUCCCAAUGAAUAGGUUUUUCGGGUUUGAAAUCGCGGCUUUAAAACCCGCAACAAUGGCUUACAUCUCACCUCUGAGACGUUUGCCAUUGUUUCAGAAAGACCAGCUGCUCUUCCUCUUGGUCUAUGGAAAAACCCAUUUUCCAUUGCCUUCUUUACAUAGAAAAAUCUCUACCUCUCCAAUUCUCUUUACUGAUUACUCUUCAUCAAAAUCUCAAACCAGGGAGACCCAUUUCAAAAUCCAUGGAUUGAGGCUCCCUCAAUCUGACAUUGAAGAAGUGGUUUUCGAAAGUCCUUUGAAGAAGAGCAGGAAUGAAAAGAAACGAGAGGCUCGACGGGCUGUGCAGUGGGGAAUGGAACUUGCAGAUUUUUCUCCUCCUCAGAUCAAUCUCAUUCUUAGGGCAGCUAGUCUUGAGCUAGAAAUUUAUGAUGCUAUCAUGUUAGUGAAGAGGUUGGGCCCUGAUGUCAGAGAAGGAAAACGAAGACAAUUCAAUUACAUAGGAAGACUUCUCCGGAAUGUGCAACCUGAACUAAUGGAAAAUCUCAUCCAGGCCACGAAAGAUGGAGACCAUGCUAAACUACACGCUUUGUCUGGUCAAAGGACACAAACCAUUGUAAAUGAAGAGGAAAUACAAGAGGAAGAAGAUGAGGAAGAGGAAACUGAUAUUGAAGAGGAGGCACACCCGAAGUAUAUAGAACUGGCUGACAGAUGGUUUCAAGGAUUAAUUAACAAGAAUUCAUCCAUCACUAAUGAAGUGUAUUCAGUUCAAGAUGUUGAUUUUGAUCGUCAGGAGUUACGAAAGCUUGUUCGAAGAGUGCAGACUAUGCAGGGGAGAACUGUUGAUGAUAGCGCGGCAGAUUCUGAAGCAGCCUUGCGAGGAGCGAGAAAGUCUCUGAGUCGCUUCCUACGAUCUCUUGCCAAACAAACCCUAAUGGUUUAGAUUACUAAUAAUCCUCAUUUCUUCCAUUUUUUAUUUUCUCUUUCUUGUAUAACAUCACCUGACAGAAAAGGAAAUAUGAGAAAAAUGCAGUGAAAUUGGUCACUCAUUGUGUACUCGUAAUUUAUUAUGGAACAUAUAUAUCAAAUCUGAAUUUCAAUA